GGCCGCUUUUAGCGCCUCCUCCGCCAGCUCGGGCGUCUGCCCUGCCCGCACCAGCGGCCCCGUCGACGCGGCGGAGGAGGACGCGAGGCACGCGGACGCACUGUGGCUGCUGCAGGCGAACCACCGGCUGAAAUACCACGCGGCCGACGAGCAGUCCAGCGAACGGCAGCAAGUGGCGAAUUCCAGCCUCAGGAGCGCCUUCGUCGUGUCCAUCAACGAGGACAGCUACAAGGAGGCCCAGGAACGCCUGCAGGUGCAGGGCGUCGCCGCCGAGCUGGCCCGGGGAUUCAACGCCAACAACGCGAGCGAGCUCGACGAGGCGC